AUGCUGUCGCCGAUGCCGAUGCCGUCGCCUCCGGCGUAUGCGCUGCCGUUGACGAUGGCGGUGCCGGUGGCGAUGGCGGUGCCGAUGACGCCGUCGCUGCUCUACUAUGGGGACGAGAUGGCGCGGCUCAAGGCGGCCAACUCGGAGAUGUCGCACAAGGAGGCGUUCAAGCAGGCCGCGCGCAACUGGAGCACCGCCGACGCCAACCCGCAAAACCAAAAGCGCGGCAAAUUUGACACGAUGUGGAACGAGGGAUCUACAACGCUCGCCCAGGGAUCUACAAUGCUGUCUUAA